GCUCCUACAGUGUCAGGUCCUUUUGUCCAGACACUGUUGACAACUGAGCUGUUCUAAUCUCCAUUGGGUGGCGAGAUCCGGGAGAAACAACCAGCGUCGCCGCGGUCACCGGUUAUAAAGUCCACGGAGUCCGCGGAACUCAGGAGACGGCCCAGAUCUGAGGUGGGGGCGAUGGCCCCGCGGCGCACGCUGCUCCUGCUGCUGGUGGCCGCCCUGGCCCCGACCCAGACCCGCGCGGGCUCGCACUCCAUGCGGUAUUUCUACAUCAUCGCGUCCCGGCCCGGCCUCGGGGAGCCCCGGUACGUGGAAGUCGGCUACGUGGACGACACGCAGUUCGUGCGCUUCGACAGCGACGCGGAAACUCCAAGGAAGGAGCCCCGGGCACCAUGGAUGGAGCAGGAGGGGCCGGAGUAUUGGGAGAGGAGCACACAAAGAACCAAGAACCGCGAGCAGACUUUCCGAGGGAACCUGAGGACCCUGCUCGGCUACUACAACCAGAGCGAGGGCGGCUCUCACACCUACCAGAAUAUGUACGGCUGUGACGUGGGGUCGAACGGGCGCCUCCUCCGCGGGUAUGACCAGUACGCCUACGAUGGCCACGAUUAUAUCGCCCUGAACGACGACCUGAUGACGUGGACGGCGGCGGACACAGCGGCUCAGAUCACCCGGCGCAAGUGGGAGCAGGCUGGUGCUGGGGAGAUCAGCAGGGCCUACCUGGAGGGCGAGUGCGUGGAGUCUCU